AAAAAACCAUUCCUUUUAGUUUAGAAAUCGCUGUAAAAAUGGGAUAUUUUCACUAUUUCCUGUUAAAGCUAAAGGUGAUAAGCUAAAGCUAAAGGGGUUAUCUAGCCGCUAGCCUUACUAGAGUCUACACGUGUUACUAUUUGUGGUGCCUUUUGUAAUACAAGUAAAUUCCAAACGUUCUGUAGCUAUUUAUUAUUACUUCGGAAGGACGACAAUGGAAUCAAAUAACGAAACAUACCUUGGAUUUGAUUUAAGCACACAGAAGUUAAAAGCAGUGCUCCUUAACUUCAGGCUAGAGAAUGUUGCCCAUGCUGAGGUCAUGUUUGAUUCAGAUUUGCCAGAGUUUCGAACAGCUGGUGGAGUGAAUGCCGGACGGAUAAAAAAUGAAUUCUAUGUGCAUCCAGUAAUGUGGAUAAAGGCCGUCGAUAUGGUUCUGGAUCGUAUGAUAAUGCAAGGAGCUGACCUAAGCACUGUAGUUGCUCUCAGUGGUUCGGCACAACAGCACGGUUGCUUGUUUUGGUCACGGGCUGGAAUCGAAUCUCUUCGUAAUUUAGAUGCUGACAAAUUUCUGCACGCUCAAAUUGACGACUCUGCAUUUACCAUUCAUCGCACACCAAUCUGGAUGGAUGCCACGACAACCUUUCAGUGUGAGGAAAUGGAAACAGCUGUUGGAGGGCGACAAAAAAUGGUAGAAAUAACUGGUUCCAAGUGCUAUGAGCGAUUUUCCGGGCCACAGAUACGGAAAAUAUUUCAAAAUCGUCCAGAUUGCUAUCGAAAUACUGAGCGAAUCUCGCUCGUUAGCAGCUUCUUGGCAUCUAUUUUUAUUGGCGAUGUCGCUCCUAUUGAUUGCGCUGAUGGUUCUGGAAUGAAUUUGUUAGAUAUACAGUCCCAAGAUUGGUCCGAUUUAUGCUUAAACGCAUGUGCCCCAGGACUUUACGCCAAACUUGACAAACCUACGCCAACGAGCAGCGUAAUCGGAAAUAUUGGCUCUUUUUUUGUGAAGCGAUACAAUUUCAAUGCAGCAUGUAAAGUAGUAACAUUUACCGGAGAUAAUUUGUCUGCACUAGCCGGUAUAAAUGUAGGACAAAAUUGGUUAGCUUUAUCUCUCGGUACAAGCGAUACGGUUAUGAUGAAGUUGAAUUCGCCUUCGAAUUUUAGUGAGGGACAUGUGCUUGUUCAUCCAACCGAUGAGGGAUAUAUGGGUCUGUUAUGUUUCAGAAAUGGAUCACUUGUCCGUGAAAGUUUCAAGCGCGAAGAGGCGAACGAUUCGUGGGAACAUUUCAAUGAGCUGCUUGAUUCAACUCCUAGAGGCAAUUUUGGAAAUAUAGCGCUUCAUUUCAUCGCAAAAGAGAUUUUGCCACCGGUAAAAGGAACGCUCCGUUGGAACAAAACGUCAUCCCUUGAGAAUGCUGAACAAGCCAAAGGAGUUCUUAAAUAUAGCUCACCCCAGUCAGAGAUAAGAGCACUUAUAGAAGGGCAAAUGCUAUCGAGAAAGUCAUAUGCAACAGAGAUGGGCUUUAGCUUUGGCGAAAAAACAAAAAUCCUCGCAACUGGUGGGGCAUCAGUAAACCAUUCAAUACUGCAAGUGGUUGCGGAUGUCUUUAAUGCUCAGGUGUAUACGCAGAAGACAACUGAAGCCGCUUUACUUGGAGCAGCAUACCGUGCCAAAUACGUAUUAUAUAUACACCGAGCAAAGGCGACUGCAAUAGAUGAUAACAAUUUGUCCCUGCCUUCGUACUAUGAUUUCAUUGCCAAAUUUCAUCAGGAUCCGCCAUUGCAUGUGUGUGAUCCUAGCAAGGAUAGUGAAGAGAUUUAUGGGCCAAUGAUGAAACGGUACCAAGAAAUGGUUAGCUAUAUGAUGAAACAUCAUGUAUGAUCGAACAAAUUUAAAAUUUAAAUGUUUUACAAUUCAAUACAUUCCUAAACCUUUUUAUACACGACAA